CGCUUGUCAAAAAAUAUUUAUCGUUUUUGAGAUUCACCACUAUUUUUCAAGAUAAAAUUCUGGUUUAUCAAGAAGAAAGAUGGUAAAAUAAAUUUGAAUGAAUUUAAUGUUACUUCUAAUUUUUCAGAUUCCGAACACAAAUUACGAGAAAAAAAGUUUUUCUUCAUGCAAAUACCUAAUUCGUUGAAUAAUUUCAUUUCAACAGUAAUUGAAUUCCUAUAAAAAUAAUGAAAUAGAGUUAUUACAUUACAUUUUGCAAUUUUACCAAAAUUUCAAAAAAUAUAUUAAUUGUAGACGAAUUUAUCGCCAUCUUUGUUAGAUCUGAUCCUACAAGUGUAGAUCAGAUCUACGGAGACAAUCAUAACAUUUUACUGGUUCAUCUGAAAUACAUCAAAGGAAAAAAUCAUUCGUUAAUCUAGUAUUUAUCGAUUUUUUUUUUUUUUUUUUGAAAAUGAUCGAAACUCGUCUUCUGAAAGUAUAUUCUUGAAAAAAAAGUACCAAUGUAUUGUUAAAAAAAAUCCUCUACUUCGGUGUUAACUUUUUAUGCUUUUAAAAAGUUGUAUAAAUUUCAUUUAAAUCCGUCGAGUGGGUUUGUGGAUGACGCUGGUAGUCGACUUUCAGACCAUAGUUUCAAGAAAAACGUAUUCCCAUAGUUCGAGUCUGGUCGCGGUUUUACCUUUUCGUAUCAUUUUGAGGCCGGUAGAUGGAGUAAAGCUUAUUUGUAUUUCGGUUUAUUGAACCCGAAUUCGCAUUAGUUUUUCCGCAGUCGUUCAACCAACUAAUCAAACAUUUUUUUUUUAAUUUAUAUUUGAGGUAAUUUCAAAACGGAAGAUUAGUCUUUUGAACAACCGUUUGAGUUAUGUGGUAAGUGGCGCCACUACGAAACCAAAUUGAGGCAAAACAAGCUUGCCUGAACAGCUGAUUUGUUACCUACUACACGACUACACGAAGAAGUGUAACGAUGGAAUACUGAUUAUCCGGAGAAUGUAACGUUUGUCCGGGUGGUCCGGGUAUAGGACAAAUGGUAGAGCGGGGAAAUAAAUUUGGAUACAAAAUGUUAAAAAUAAAUCGCUUCUUCCAAAAAAAAUUUUACGUAAGGUUCAACGUUUUAACGAUAAUUCUGUUAUUAUUAGGUUUGACUUUCAUUAUAUUGUAUGUGGCUGACGAAAAUCGUUGUGAAAGUGCAAAAGAAAUAGAAAUGGAUAAAAUUAAAUACCGACUAAUUAUUUUGAUACUGACGCAUCCAGAUGCAAUGAGGAAUCGUGAUACUAUAAGAAAAACUUGGCUGUCAGAUAAACAUCAAAAUGUCAAGCACCUUUUCGCUAUUGGAACUUUCGAUCUUCAACCAGAACAAAUGGACACUCUGCAAUCUGAAAAACAUAAAUACAAUGAUUUGCUUCUACUCGCGAAACUUGAAGAUUCGUAUGGUACUUUAACGAAAAAAGUAUUAAUAUCUCUCAAAGAAAUUUACGCGACUUACGAGUUUGAUUUUUUACUCAAAUGUGACGAUGACAGCCUGGUACUUGUUCAUAAAGUUUUGCGUGAACUUGACAAGUGGGAAAUGAAAGGAACCAAAAAAGAAUUAUACUGGGGUUAUUUUAACGGAAAAGCUCAAGUAAAAAAACGAGGACCUUGGAAAGAACACGAUUGGAAUUUGUGUGAUUACUACUUGCCUUAUGCCGUUGGUGGUGGUUAUGUUCUUUCUUCGAAUCUCAUUAAAUUUAUCGCCGGUAGUGCCGAUGUAUUGAGGCUCUACAAUUCUGAGGAUGUCUCAGUUGGUUUGUGGCUAGCUCCGUUAGCAAAUGUGGAAAGAAAGCACGACGUACGUUUUGACACGGAGUAUCUCUCACGAGGCUGUUCUAAUGUGUAUAUAAUAACGCACAAACAAUCAGUUGAGAGUAUGACAAAUCUGUAUGACCAUUAUAGGUCAGCAGGUGUGUUGUGUGCACGUGAAUCAAGGAACCGUAUGAGUUACAAUUACAAUUGGACAGUACCACCGAGUCAAUGUUGUACCAGACAAAUCGGAAGGGAUCUCAGGGAAGGAAAAAUUGGUGAGUCACAGACGUUCAAGAACCGGCCAACAAUCGAUCACAAAAAAAGAGAACACCCAGUUUAUCUCGAGCAACGUAGCAAGGUUUCUCAUUUUUUUUCAAUUAAAAAAAAAACCCAAGAACCAAAACGAACAUAACGAAAAAAUCGCAUGUCAAAAAGCAGUGAAAAAUAUGCGGCCAAUUCUCAAUACAUUAAAGCACUGUGACAAACCCUCGCGAACUGUUUUCUAAUUAUAUACAAAAUCGACAGUUUUACGUUCAUAAUUUACGGAUAUAAGAUGGUUUACUUUUUCUUUCAAUAAAUAAUGGUUCAUUUUACGAGGAAAAACAAAACGCAAACUUGUCCAUUUUGGAUGCAAUAUGAAUACAGUUGCGAUUUUUACUUUAUUCUAAGGUUUGAAUUUCCUAUCUCUUUUACGUAGAAACGGACGAAUCUUCAUGUUUGACUAUGAAAAUUUAUAUUCUAUCGUAUCUUUCUCUGGUCUGCUUUAUCUUUUUUAGAAGUAACGUACAUUUAAACGCUCGUAUGGAGAAUCGUGCUUAGCACUCUUCACCUUCGUCGUCGUCGUUGAUUAACCUCAAUUUUUUAUCUCACUUCUUCUUACGAUCUUGCGUACAUUUUGGACAGUACCACUUACCCUUCGGCUUGGUCGUUAACCCAACACACGCGAAAUGGAACCACUCGAUUGGACACUACACAAAAAUGAUUUUUCAAAUGCAAAGUCGAUUAUCACAGCCAAUCAUUUCUCCAUAAGAAACUUGAUGACACAAACAAUACGUUGGCUCGUUUGGGUCGACAGGCAUAUCCAAUACGUCAGAAGGAUGCCCGAGGGAGCUUGUUUCUGUUUGUGCCCCGCUUCCAACAGCACCAGUGGAAGUUGCGGAAGUAACGGAUCCUCCUUGAAUACACAAAGUUGAAUAAAUUAUAUGGAGUUGUUCAGUAAAA